AUGAGUAUCAAGGUCUUCCUCCCACAUGCCAUCUGCCAUGACCUCCCUUCCAUCAUCAGUGUCUGCCUUGGCCACCAGAUUGAAGGCGAGGCUGCUAGUCAUGGGAGCAUUGAACUGCCUCAUGAAAAGCAUGCCAUUGGUGUGGGCAGGGACGUGGUGGGGUGUCACAAGGAUGGCCCUGUCCAUCUCAUGUGCCUCAUCCUUCCUAUCUUUCCUCACUCACCAAAGGACGCCAUGGCAACGUUGAUGAUGGACAUCCAUUCUCCUGUCUUCAGCUCCUUCUGUUGGGUUUUGUGA